AUGUUGUCACGGCUCUCCUACCUCGUGUGCCUCCUCUUCGUUGCUUGUGCCCAUGCGGCCAAGCCCCUGGGCCUCGAAGUCUGCGGAGCUUCUUGCUACUACACCCUCGCCAAGAUAAAGUUCGCCUCCGACAAUGUAACUGAGCAGACGCUCUGCACUCAUCCUCUGCGGAUUACCUCGACCUACUUGUGUCUGUGGGAGCACUGCGAGGAAAAGGACCUCGCGCCGGGCAUCAACUGGUGGGCUGGCGCGUGCAAGAAGUCCUCUAAGCUGGUCAACCUCAAGGAAUAUGAGAGCACAGUCGCCAAUGUGACGCAGGAGUACAUUGACAGCCUCCCUACCGUUGAGCAGACACAAAAGACAGUGGUGGACGUUGUCUCGAUGCCCUCGGAGGCCAACUGGAACAUUGCCCAUCGGACUGUCAACACUUACUACACCAAUAUUGUAUACCACCAGAAGCUCCGAUGGAUUCCGUACGGCUACUGGGGACUGGUGCUGGGUCUGGCCACAAUCAGCCACCUUUAUGCACUUCUCCCGGUGAAGCGUUCCAGUCAGCCCGUACGAAAGACCGAUGCGGGAGCCAAAGUAAAAGGCUGGUUCCACCGCAACCUCAUGAUGGCCCCUACUUUCUCAUAUCACCAUCAUCAGCCCCUGGGAUGGUUCACUAUCCCUCUCCGUCUGCAAUCUCUGGUCAUCGCUGGCUACGUUAUCACCACGAUCUUUAUGCUGGCAUUCCACUACCCUGUCUUUGAACAUAACAUUUACUACAAGACAAUCACGGGACAGGUCUGCCGAAUCCUCGCCGACAGACUCGGCAUCUUCAUGACCGCUGAGCUCCCGUUCAUUUUCCUCUUCAGCGGAAGAGCCAACAUUCUCAUCUACGCCACUGGAUGGAGCUACAGGACAUUCAGCCUCUUUCACCGCUGGCUUGCCCUGACUCUGGUCGUGGAGGGCAUCAUACACGGCGUAGUGUUUUCGGCCUACUACGUCAAUGAACAAGGAUGGGAAGGCUACCACGAAGAGCUAAAGGACGACUUGGUAUUUCGCUACGGCAUUACUAUGCUCGUCGCACUAGGCCUCUCGUCCCUGUUUGCUUUUGCCCCUCUGCGCAACAGAGUCUAUGAGUUCUUCAAGGCAACUCACGUUGCGUUCGCAGCCGUCUUCCUUGCUUGCCUGUACUACCACGUCAAAGACCAGUUCAAGGGUGUCUACCUCGUCUGGGUAUGGGCUUGCGUCGGCCUCUGGGCCGGCGACCACUUCCUCCGCAUUCUGCGAGUCCUGGCCAUGAAUUACAAGACGCUUCUCGGCAAGGGUUCUCUCGCAUUGGCCAGCUACAGCGAAGAGACGGGCAUAAUUCGUCUUCAGGUCAAGCCCUCAAUCAACUGCAGCCGCCAGACGCCCGGAACCUACUACUUCGUGUACCUCCCCGGCAUGCACUUCUGGGAGUCUCACCCCUUUACACUGGCCGGACGAUCGAAGCAACUCGACGACAGUCCCGCUUACGGCAGCAGCAGCGACCAGCCUAGCGAGAAGAAGACCGGUGCUCAGUCUCCUCGAGUGACGGAGCUGGCGUCCGAGUCGGGCGACAGCUACAUGACCUUCAUGAUCCGUCCUCGCGAUGGAAUGACCCGAAGGCUGCGAGACAAGCUGGUCAGCAAGAGCGAAUCCGGCCCUCUUCGUGUGCGUGUCCUGCUCGAAGGCCCAUAUGGCACGCCUGCUCGCCUCGACCACUUUGACGAUGUCCUGUUCAUUGCUGGCGGUAGCGGAAUCACCACCGUGCUUCCCUAUCUCCGCAUGUUUUUUGAAGACCAGAAGCAAUCCCAGACUCCUCCCCCAAACGUCCGCCUGGUUUGGGUUGUUCGACACGAGGGCUUCGUCCGAGACGUCCUUGCCAACGACCUCCGCGCCAUUGAAGGAGCAUCGAAGCUGAACAUGGAGUUCUACAUCACUUCGGAAGGCUCAUCCAGCUCUACGCCCAAGACGGAAGAAGCUGGAAACAGCGUUCCCGACCAGCGAUUCAAGAAGAUGCGGCCUGACAUUCACACUACGGUGGACGACUUUGUGACUCAGUCGCAGGGCAAGACGGCCGUUUUUGUCUGCGGUCCGGCGGAGAUUGCCGACACGACGAGGCAAGCUGUCAUUAGGCAGACGAAGAAGGUUCACAUUGAUGUUGAGCUGUUUGAGGAAAUGUUUGUCUGGUAA